AUGCUGCUGCUCUCAAACCCGCGAUGGGCGAGCGCUGGCCGGGCCUGGCUUCUACUGCUGGCCGCUGUGCUCCAUGUCACCUCAGCAAGUCUCAAAGCUGAUCCCAGAUGCCCUUCGCGCAUAGACUGUGCUAAAGCCGGCCGCCGCUUCUGCAGAGUGGGAUCCACCGAGUGCGGCCCGUGUCUGACCCCUCUGGUGGAGAGCGACGACGGUCUCUGCCAAACUCGCAAAAACAAACACCAUCAAAAAUCACAAAAUGUUAACCUUGAUCUGGAUGAAGAGAUCGACUUCCUUCGCUCUGUCAUCGAAAAGCAGCAGUUGUCCGAAGUGAAUCCAGAACAGAAACAAUCCAACCGUUUUGCUAGUAUCUCAAUCCAGUCAGAUUUCAAGAAAACAAAACUACAUCCUGCACCUCAAAAGGAAACGCAAAAUGUGCAAACUUCUAUACAACCCCUGGUGACCACAGCAGAGCCCACCUCCAAACCCACCCAGUCAUUUGGCACCAGUGUGGGGGCCCGCGUGGGGCCUAUCGUCGCUCCCAGUGCCAGCAAUGACCACAUUAUUGUCGUCAUUGUCUCCGUGUGUGUGGUGGCUGGGACUGUGGCUGUGAUUCUGGGAGUGGCUUGUGCUGUUAAGUUACAGAGAGACUCGCAACUGGCUCGGAAAGUGGACUACCCAGCACUCGGAGGAGCCACUGUGGCCCCUGUAAAAUCCAAUGGACCUUCACCGCUCGACCAUUCACUGGCACAAAAUGCUCAGAUGUUCCACUACCAGCACCAGAAGCAGCAGAUGCUCUCAUUGGGAAAACAAAAGCCUGAACCAAAAGUUGUUGACACUGAUGUUACAUCUGAUGAGGAAGAGGUGGGAGGAGACUUCACGGUGUACGAAUGUCCCGGAUUGGCCCCGACUGGAGAGAUGGAGGUGAAGAACCCAUUGUUUGACGACUCCACUCUUCCUUAUCAGAGAAAUCACAAGUGA